AUGGACAUGGAACAAAGUAAAACGGAAAAGAAUCCACCUGACAAUGAACAUCUGCGGCAAUAUCUGGACAGUGAACAAAGUGAAGAGUUAAGGAACACCUCUGAAACUGAACAUUCAUUGACAGGGGUACUUUAAAGCCAGACUAUUUGUUUGAAGAAGUUAUUAGAGAGGGUAUGGUACACUUCUACACUGGUUUGCCAAACACAGAAACUUUUAAGUUUUUGUUUCUUCAGUUUCGUCCAAAGGCUACUAAUAUGAACUAUUGGAAGGGAGAAGCACAGGUGCAAAAAGAAAAGCAAUCAUUGAACAGAAGCGGUAGACUUGCCUACGUAUUGGGAGUUUUUGAUGAUGCUGGCAUUGAACCACCUACAUUCAAGUCAGGCCCCAAAAGGAAGCUGAACCUUGAGGAUGAGUUGCUUCUGACACUAAUGAAACUGAGACUGGGUCUUCAUGUAGAUGAUUUAGCAUUUAGAUUUAAAAUCUCUAGAGCACUUGGUUCAGAGAUAUUUGCGACGUGGGUUCGCUUUAUGUCUAAAGAAUUGAGAUGGUUGAUAAUGUGGCCAAGUAAAGGGCAAAUUAGGAGAGUGUACCCUAACGUAAGAUGUAUUAUUGAUAGCGCUGAGGUUUUCACUGAAACUCCUAGUGCACUGGAUGUGCAAGCUACAUUAUUGUCAGAACACAAGCAUCGCACAACGAUCAAGUUCCUGGUUGCUAUUACUCCAAAUGGUGCUCCCUCUUAUGUUUCGUCUUGUUAUGGUGGACGAGCAACUGACAAAUUUAUUGUCCAAGACUGCGGAUUUCUAAAAUUGCUUCAACCAUUCGAUCAAGUUAUGACUGAUCGUGGAUUCAAAAUAAGAGAAGAACUAAUGAUGUAUCUGGCUGAUUUGUGUAUCCCACCCAGUUCAAGAGAUGGUAUGCAAAUGACAUCAGAGCAGGUGAAGGAAACAUCGCGGAUAGGGAAUAUUCGGAUUUAUGUAGAACAAGCUAUUGGGCGACUAAAAAGCUAUAAUAUUAUCAAGCAUGAACUGCCAAUGAACUGUCUCCCACUUUGUAAGGAUAUUGUUGGUGUGGUUUCUGCACUUACCUGCCUACAGGACCCUCUUUGUAAAUGA